CGACCCGAGAUUCACCAAUAUUGAUUUGAAUCUUGAUUUCUAAUUUCCUAAAGAGUGGGAUCAUCCAUUUCAAUUUUGGGGGCUGUCAUCAAAGAACAGAGAGUCGGCUCGUCGAGAAGAAAAGGUUGUAAAAGACGGAAAUUUUCGAUUUAAGAUAUGGCGGUGAUGGAGAAGCUUAAGAUAUUCGUAGUGCAAGAGCCAGUUGUAGCUGCUUCUUGCCUCAUCGCUGGUUUUGGUCUCUUCCUACCAGCUGUUGUAAGGCCCAUUUUAGAUUCCAUGGAUUCAUCAAAGCAAGUCCCUCAACCUGCUUUAAGAGACGUGGUUUCAGGUGUGACUGGUAAAAAACAGGGUUGAUAUGAUUUAUGGAUCGAAAAGAGGCAAAAAUUUACGUGUAGCUUGUAAUCACCGACGAAAUAAGUCCAACUUUUUUAAUUUGAGGAACUUUCUAAAGUGCCUUUCAACCUCAUGUUUAGUAUGAGAAUAUGAGUGUUAUAUUUUGAUUUUCAUGGUUAAAAUCCAUUGUUCUUUUUAUUUGCUCAA